GGGGCGGCGGCGGCGGCCGGGACAGCGACCCAGGACCGGGACAGCGCCGUCGGGCUGGAACAGCUCCUUCGGGCCGGGACAGCUCCAUCGGCCUGGAACAGCUCCCUCGGGCCGGGACGGCGCGGACAGCGGAGCCAUGAGCCCGGCAGAAAAUACGAAGGAUAUCCUCGUGAUAUAUGAACAAGAAGCAGAAGAGUGGGCUCUGUAUUUAAAAUCUCUUUUUGGACUCAUAGUGAACAAAGAAGGAAUCUUACUCUACGAUCUGGAGAAUUCGUCUUUCAAGCACCAGAAGCUACUCUGUUUACGAUCUUAUAAAUGUAAACUCCUGAUACUCUCAUGUGGACUUCUUAACUGCCUGAAUCGAAAAAGAAGUUAUUUUCUGGAACAAGUUCUAAAACCUUCGGAUAAUGUGGUCAUUCUGCUUUGUGGAGUGGAGAAUUCAGAGAUUCUUUAUGAGAUACUAGCCUUAGCUAGAGGCAGCAAAGAGAUUUCUACUGAUCAGAAACCCGAGGAAUAUAUUUCUGUUGUUAAAGGAAUUAUUCAACCAGAUAAACCAUGGGAUGAAGAUCCUGGAGACUCUGUGUCUUACAUCUAUGAAACCGUUCUUGCAGAUGAUUACCAGAAUAUCUCUGAUAUUAACUUGUCAGAUGUCAGGGGAGCAUCAGAAAAAACAGACCUCACUUUUAAAACAGAGGUACUUUCUGAAAGAUUAGAAAGUAACGAGCAGUCAAUAUUGGUGCUUCCGAGAAGAAUAUCAUGUGAGAACCCUGGUGAAAUAUUCAUUCUGUUGAAAGAAGAAAUAGAUGAAGAAACUCUAGAAAUUGAAUUCAUAACAGAUAAUCAACGAAUUAGAACAUGGACAGCCUCUUGGAACAAGAAAGUCAAAUAUGUGAAAGCCCUAGAUUUUCCCGCUGGCCCUGUAUAUGUAAAUGUCUACUGUGGGGGAGUCAUUAAGAUGACAGCAGAGAUUGAGUACUAUACUCCACUAGAGGAAAUUGAACCUAUUUUAAAGAAAGUGGCUGACCCAAUAGCUUUCACUUGUCAGGCAUUAAAAUUUUCUUCUGUUGAGAAGGUAGACAAUGUUCUGACUUCAUUAUUGAAAAGCAAAAUAUCUACUUAUGAAUUCAGCCCGUUCCAAAGUGAAGAAGAGCAUCAUCAUCAAGCUAAUAGCCAUUUGGAAGAAUUUCCUACCCUACUUCACUGUGCAGCCAGAUUUGGCUUGAAGAACCUUGCAACAUUUCUGCUCAGUUGUCCUGAGGCCACUUGGGCUUGCAAAAUAGCCAAUAAAUAUGGAGAUGAUCCAGAAAGUAUUGCGAAGAAGCACGGGCACAAGGAAUUAAGAAAAUUAAUCCAAGAAUUGUCAAAUUAUGCAGCAAGUGAUUUCACUAAUUGCAAGGAGGAAGUGGAAGACAGCAACACUUAUGAGCUUAUGUUAGGCUCAGAAACUCCACCAGCCAUGGCGAAGCAGAACUCAAGAGAUCAAUAUGCAGUUGGAUCGAGAUGCCAACAAGAAGUCGAGGCGGAUGAGGAAAAGGAUGACCUAAAAGACAGCAGAGAGGAGACAGAUUCUGAAGAUGAAGAAGAGGAGGAUUCAUACAGCCUUCACAACAGUCCUGGCAGUUUGUAUGUCAAUGUAAGGAAUGAGCUCAAAGAGAGCAGGAGAGAUUGCUUUGUCUGCAAGAGGCCACCCCCUCCUCCCCCUCGAAAUCUGCCUGGCAUCCAGAGACAGGACAGUCUGCAUAAUUCAUUACAAGAGAGGAGUUCUGUGAUGGACAGGAGUCAGGGAGAGCAGGGAGAUGGACUGACAGCCGCGUGCGGCGGAGGAGACCGGGGUCCCUGCGAGGAGGACAGCGAGGACGAGCACCCCUACACGUGUAUGGCACAGGAUGAGCGUGUGUACGACCUCAUCCUGGGCCAGGAGCAGCAGCAGCAGGAGAGGAGGAAGCACUGCAGCUCCUUCAUCAUGAACAGGCCACCAGCCCCCGCGCCCCGGCCCGUGAGCUCGCUGGUCCGAGAGGAGAACACUCCCUACAUUGUACAAGUGUUUCAGCAAAAGGCCUGUCGGGUGACCAGUGACAACAGCAGGACGUACUGCGAGGCCAGGAAUCCUGAAGCACACAGAGGCCACACUGAGACAGUAACUUACAGCACUGUGGUACACAGGAUCCCUCCUGAACAGGAAGAACUCAUCCACUUGCAGGAACAGGUGAAAAAGGGGGCAAUUUCUGUGGAUGAAGCCCUUGACAGAUUUAAACAGUGGCAGAACAAAAAGCAAAGACUACCAUCCACUCAACAGGAAAAAGUGCAUCACCUUAGAGACACCACUACCAGAAACAGACAAGAAAAUGAAAAUCUGAAUGUCUACAACUAGGAGCUCAACAGACAAGGAACAGCUUACCCAAGUGUGACUCUCCAGCCAGCUGCACAUCAGUCUCCUCUGCUUGGCAUCCCACACGUGUUCCAGCUGUGCCCUGACAGCCUCAGGCUCCAGCCCAUCCUGCAGUGCCACUGCCAUGGGAUCAUUGCUGCCCUUCCAGUGCCUUGCAUUCUCUCACCAGGUCCAGCUCUGGAAGAAGACCAAUAUCACUAAAGCAAAUUAAUAAGGUUUCUUGUAAAGUCAUCUACGAAUUUUACAGCUUUUCUUUGCUUUUUCUUUUUCCAAGAUGACAGCUGACAAUUUAUAUAAGGAUGUAUUGCGUGCUUUGGUUAAUAAGUUUUGAAGUUAUUUCAGUUUUUCCAUUGUGCUUGAUAAGUUUCGUAAAAGUAGAUUUUAUGCACAAAAGAGCAAGACUGCUAAAGGAUAUAAAGAUUAUUAAGUGAAAGUAAAUAAAACAAUUUAGCUUUUACAUUUUGUUGAAACAUUUUUAUAUUAACUGUAUAAAAAUUUGUCUUUCCUAGGAAUAAUUGCAUUUUAUCACCAGUUUAAAUAAUUGUAUUCACAUUAAAGCUAAUUUCUUAAGCCAGACUAUGUAAACUAGUACUAAUUAUCUACUAAUGCAUUACAGUGAUUCCAAGAAUUUUGUUUACAAGGAAAUUGUGUUGUGUUUAGUAAGCUGACUAAGGUAAAUUAUAUCCAUAACAAAACCAAAUUACUUUCUACUGCAUUAACACAGCAACAGUAAAGGAAUAAAUAUGGUUAAUAGGUAUAAUGGUCUGCAUUCCCAUAGUAUAAUUCUACAAAAUUUAAAUGAGCAUGUGAUGAUACAAGAGUGUGCAAGAUUUGUGCCCUAUUUCCUAAAACAAGAAAAAAUAUCUCCUUAAUAUAAAUACAUUUUUCUCCUUAACUACAUGUUAAAGUGACACCCAAGCUUGGAAGAGGGGAGUGGAUUUGAAGUUCAAGCCCCUCAAGGCUCAUAUUAUUCUUCCAAUCCAAAUAAAUUAUUGUGCCAAGUGAACUAUUAGGAAUAAAAAUAAGCCAAAAAGCCAAUGUUGGGAUUUUAAAAUAAUGACAGAAUCUUGAAAGCAUACAGAUUUAGACUAAUUAAAAAUCUAUUUUCUGUUUUAAAUGGGUUGAUUAAACAUUUUUCAGUAAAUUAUUUGUUCUGUGGGGAAAACCUGCAUUUCUGUUAGAAACACUCCCAACAAAUACUGCAGAUGCAUUGCUAUGAGGUCAUAAAUAUUCAGUGAUUGCUGUAUUAGUGUGACAACACAGCUUUGUGUACCAUACAAAGCUAUUUGAACCACAGCAAAAGCCCUGAAAUGUGUAAUGUGUUCCAGGGCUGGAAAUACAGUCAGUGCCUGUGAGCUGAGGCCAUGAGACUGUCAGGCUUUAUAGGGGAGAAGCUGGAUGUUUAAAGACUUGCCUGGCUACAUGGAAAUGGGAAUAGGGAGAAUUAUUUAGAAAUCUAAAUGAAUUUAAGAUGUUAUUUCCCCCUUAAGGGGGGCUUCUUUCUCCCCUGUUAUAAAUGAGAAACAGAAAGUCUGGAUAUCCAGCAAAAUUUAGAUUGCUUUAUUUUAUAUAGACGGAACAAGCGGCGCUGGGGAACGUGAGGGGUCACAGCCCACUCCAUGCUCCAUCAAACCUGGGUUUGCAGCCUCUUCUUACAGUAUGGUCUGUCACUGUAAUCAGGUUUUUUGGGGUUUUUGCUGUCAUGAUUUUGCCAGGUAAGCAGUGGUGGUUGAAUAAAUAUCCAUAAAGUCUCUGGGUAACAGUCAGUUUCAUAGAUAACCAUCUGGUCUUGGUAGAUAAAAUCAGCAAAAAUCAGGAAGUCUGAUCUUUGUAGAUAGGCGACAUUGAUCAAACAAAGGCAGGAAGUCUGAUUUUGCAAAAUCUAUCAGGCUAUAGGAAAGUCUGAUUUUGCAAACUGGUAGUAGACACAACCUAUUUAGAAAACAUUCAUAACAGGGGGAUUUAAAACAGAAUGAUUUAAUCAGGUAUUUUCCUCUAUCUAGUGUCCAUGCUUCAUUUCAGGCCUUAGUAUUCUGAUUUAUACAAACCCCGAUACUUUUAUGAUUAACAUGAAUCUUUUACCAAUUAUCACAUUGCCUCAAGAAUAUUUAUAUUUUUAAAAACCUGGCAAGUCUGUGUAUCCCCUGGCAAGCAUUCCUGAGGAGGUGACAUAUAGAUGGAAAAAAGAAUACAAAAAAUGCAAAGGUUCUUCAUGUUGGUACCUGCUGUCUUUUCUGCCAUUUGUUCCUUUUUUCUGUAGCAGAGGAGAGGAAGAGACCUUUCCUGGGAGGGGGUCAGUGCUCCCAAACCUCCUGGAUGCUCUCUGUGCUGCCAAGGGAGAGGCUGGAGCCCAGUGGCUCCUGUGCUCCUGUGAGGGGCACCUGGGCAAUGCAGAGACUUGUGGUCAAUGGUAACAAACUACAAAACUGGACAUUUCCAAAAAUAAGCACAGACAGUUACCUCAAGGAAAGAGUAUGGUCUUUCCUGGGGAAAAACAGAGUGUAACAAUACAGCAACACUGCCAGACAGAGAAAGCAGAAGCCUGAGGGCAGCUCCCCUCAGGAAAUAGAAGAGCACUCUGUGUGCAUGUAUUUGCAUCUCUGAUGUGACACUCCACAGUUUCCAGCCCAGGAGCGUUUAGGAAUACCCAUAACAAAGCAACUCCUGCUCUCUGCUCCUGCUGCUGCUGCAUCCAAGCCUUGCUCCAGGAAUCCCAAGCAGGGCAGCACUGGCACUGCAGCUUUGGGCAGCCCUGUUUUACUAAAAGCAAGUGGAUGCAAGAUAGCAAUAGGGAGGACAUGCAGUGUCACUUUAAGAAGAACUGCUUCUGCUACACCACAAAUUUGCUUGGUUUAUCACUCUAGUCUCCUCUGACUCUUAAUAUUAUAAUGUAGAACAUCAAAAACCAAAACCAAAGAAAAUACACCCCAGAUCAACUCUUGCCAAUCUACAAAAUCUUCC